UUCUCUUGUCUUGGCAGAGGGAGGGAGGGAGGAUCUAGGACGGCUGCCAGCUGCUGACAGAAAGACACACUGCAACACACACACACCACAGGGAGAGGAGUGAAGCAAGAGACACGCAGGACCAGGAAAAGUUGCCUCAUUCGAUCCAACAGUCGACAUGACUCAGUACUCAAACUUGGAAGGUGCCCUCAACACGCUGGUCAGCCAGUUCCACUCGGCCUCGUCCGACAACAGCGGCACGCUAAAAGUGGACGAAUUCAAAGGACUUUUGUCCUCUCAGCUGCCUAACCUGGCCAAGGGCUUCAUGUCAGAACAAGGACUGAGCGAGAUCAUGCGGAAGAUGGGCGUCGGCGACGGCGAGGGCGUCUCCUUCUCCCACUUCUGGACCCUCAUCCAGAGUCUAGCCACUUCGCAGCAUGGCCUCCUCAGCGGCAACACGGGCUCCGCCUGCAGCUGCGCCCUCCUGUGAAGACCCCUCCUCGGCACACACACACACACACACACACACACGCACACACACACACACACACACACACACACACACACACACACACACACACACACACACACACGCACACAAAAAAAAACACACCUAGCUCUUGAGGUUCCUUCACGGAGCUUCAAGAUCCCAGUCGGAAUACAAUAGAUGUCAAAGUCUAGUCCGCCCACGUGCAAGGCAUUCCAUUUUUAUACGCUCGCAUCUCUAUCUAUAUGACAGGUUCUAACAUUUCCAGCGCGCUAAAUAAACAGUAAAAUGUCUGACCAAGCCAAUCCCUUUUAGCAGGAAGUAUCAUUAUGCAUCUAUCUAUGUUGUAUUUCCAAUUUCCCGGGUACAAAAGGCCACAGGGCGCUAAUCAUUAACCCACAUUUCCCUACCAAAUUUGUCUUUACUUUGCUUUUCAUGUAUAGUUAGGGUGUUGUCCAACGCCUUAUGUUUACUCCCCAUCAGCAACUAAAUGCAUUUUCUUGGCAGUUGGAAGACAUUAAACCAGUUUUGGAAUUAAUUUUGGAAUAAAUUUACCUGCCGGGUAAAUUGUCAUUGACUUUAUGCAGAAACAUCUCACACACACUCCUGAAAACAUCUCAAAUGUGUCCCCUUGGUAAUGCUUUGUAUUUAUAUUUUGUAAUUCCCUGUAACCUAAACUGUGUGACACCAUAGGAAAAAAUGAUGUAUGACGCAUAUAAAGAAAAUUUGCAAUAAUUAAACAUAUCUUCCGUCAUAA